CCUGGUCUUCUAGAAGCGAAAGUAAAAGGCGCCUGCCGAGAGUUUUGUUACCGCGCGAGUCCUAUGUAUGGCUCCGGCCAUUGAGUUCAAUUGGAUUUACCUAUAUACCUUUGGGUAUAUGGCCAUCAUUGGAGUGCUUGACCUACUAAGAGCUACUCAGAAAUAAAAGGAGGACACGUUUGUACCUAGGUGUGAUGGAGAAGAAGGUUUAUUGUAGAUAUGAGGAAGAGAACAGCCAAACAGCCAGAGGCAUUUGAAAGAGUUCAAGGUGGACAUGACCAGCAGACUGAGCCGGACUCUGUGAGCAUUUGAAAAACUUUGGGCUAUCUGAUGAUGGCGUUAAGAAAAGUCUGGAGUAUGGGAAAGCGCUUCCUCUUUGGUUCAAGAGGUUGGAUGAUCCAAUAUUCAGCAGAAAUUUUUCUCAAGUCGGUUUCAUUUCGGCCUUGUAGUGGGAAAUGUGGCAGUGAAGACAGGGAACCUUCGGAGAAUGGGAACCUGCUGAACAACUUGCUCACCAUGGGAGUUGAUAUUGACUUGGCAAGGAGACGGCAGCCUGGAGUUUUCAACAGGGUGGGUACGAACGAGCAGGAGCUGAGGACAUUCCUUCUUUCCAAAGGAGCAAGUGACAAAGUGAUUGGUAGCAUCAUCUCAAGGUACCCACGAGCCAUAACACGCACUCCUGAAGGUCUUUCAAAGCGAUGGGAGCUGUGGAGGAAGAUUAUGGCAUCAGACCUUGAAAUUGUAAAUAUUUUGGAGCGUUCUCCUGAAUCCUUUUUUCGGUCUAAUAACAACCUAAACUUAGAGAAUAAUAUAAAGUUCCUCUGCUCUGUUGGAUUGACCAAUAAAUGUCUCUGCCGACUGUUGACCAGGGCUCCUAGAACCUUCUCCAAUAGCCUGAAUUUGAAUAAACAAAUGGUUGAGUUUUUGCAGGAGAUCGGUGUAUCCUUAGGUCACAACGAUCCCACAGAUUUUGUUAGGAAGAUAAUUUCUAAAAAUCCUUCCAUCUUAACUCAGAGCACGAAACGGGUGAAAGCUAACAUUGAAUUUUUGCAGUCAACUUUCAACUUAAACACGGAGGGUCUGCUGCUUCUGAUAUGUGGCCCAGGAGCUGGAAUCCUAGAUCUUUCCAACGACUGUACCAAAAGAAACUAUGCAAAUAUCCAAGAGAAGCUGCUCUCUCUCGGAUGCACUGACGAGGAGGAUGCCCUGAGUUCGUGAGUCUCUGCAUUUGUUUCCAUCAGUUGGAAGAAGCCUCUCUGAUGACGAUUAUGCUAGACUACAAGUAUAGCCAAAUAUAUUAGGGAUCAUUAAUUGAUCUCUCUCUCUCUCUCUCUCUCUCUCUCUCUCUCUCUCUCCUGGUUGUCUUUGGUUCAAUCCUGGAUCUCUGGGUUCCUGGCCCUUCAGGCAGUGACAGGGCUGGGCUCCCUUUCCUGGCAUGGGUCUCAAGCUUGACAAGUCAUUGGUUGGCCACUUUCACAAUUUCUGCACCACCGUUAAAUCCCUGUACAUCUUGUAGUCAGGACAAAUUUUAGGUGAAAGGUUUUAUAACUGGGUUGGGGUCCCAAUCCCUUCACUGUAAAUCUUGCCUAGUUACAGGAGAUAGCUGGUUCAGGAUCCGUAUCCUCUAUUAGAGCCUUAGCUAGGAGUCAUCCUUUUAGAUCUCUGGGAGUUUCCAUUAACCUACUAAUGUUUUCCUUAAAUUCUUCACUAGUGUUUACAGUGGGGCUGUGUGGCAGAUGGUAUAUGUAUCCCCCCCUAC